GGUUUGCUUAAAGCAGUUGUGGUUUCCUGAGUGAAAUACACUUAAUAAUAAAAGUAGAAAAUGGAUGCAUUUUUCGGCAGUUGGAAACUGGUCAGUUGUACAAAUUUCGAUGAAUUGAUGGAAGCAAUGGGCCUUUCACCAUCAGUGAGACAAUAUGGAAAUAACAUGACAUCAGUGGUGAUAUUUUCACAAGAUGGAGAUAAUAUAGUCAUGAAAAUUAAAACGUAUGAGACCACCACCAAAAGUGUCACACUCUCAUUCAAACUGGGCGAGGAAUUUGACGAAAAUACCAUAGACUUCCGAUACUGCAAAACUGUUAUGAAUCUGGAAGGAGGGAAACUGAUACAGCUGCAGAAGUGGGACGGUAAAGAGGUCACCACCAUCUGCGAGGUCCAGGAUGGGACAAUGACUGCAACUUUAACAUUUGGGGAUGUCACAUCUGUUCACACCUACGAGAAGAUCUAAAUUCCCACCAAAAGGAAGAAUGCAAUCUAUGAAGAUAAAGAUUACAUAUUACCCAUAUGUCCUGACACUUGGGUGGGAAACAGUUUCCGAAAACUUGUAAAACCUAAACUCAAUAAAGAACUGGAGAAAAUAAGAUAUUCCUCUGCAGUAUGUUUCACAAAGGCACAACACACAAGGGAACAUUAUAUGUUUAUAUACAUGGUCUCACUCCACACAGGAGAUUAUGUAAUCAUCUAAUUUACAUAUUAUUACAAACAUUUGUAUAAACACCUCUAUAAUAUAUAAUAACAUUGCACUUAUUACACCUACGUCUCCUCCAAAUAAUAUGCUUUCCUGAGUAUCAGGAUAGGAACAUGAAAUGUCAGUGAACAUUAUCUUCUAUAUCACGACCCUCUGUCCUCUCACUCCCAGCUUUUUUACCCUGUGGUCCAAAGUAAUUUAAUAUCGUUUUUUUUUCAUUCUACCCAACUGACUGUCUCUCUCUCCUUCAAACUCUUCUCUCUCUUUCUUGCCUUUUUUUUGACUAUCAACAAAAAUAAGAGUGACAGUCUGUGUCAGUGCAAUAAAAACAUGAAAGUGGUACAGUAAAAUUCUAUAGUGGCUUGAGAAUCUGCAUAAAUGACAGCUAUACACUUUAUAAACAUUACAUAUCUCUCUAUGUAACUAUUGACCAAGUUAAUAUUUGUAAUAAACAUGUUUGCAGCGUGCUCGGAAAACUGAAGCGCAGGCUCAUGCAUGAGCCCAGUGCGCAAACCCUUAGCAAACGCACGAUUUUCGGUCUUCAUGACACUGACUUUGGUUAUGUUCUGUCUCUGCCCCUCUUUUGUCAUUGUUUGUUUUCAGAAUGUGUGACAUGAUUGUUUUCAGCUGUCCUGUGUUUAACCCAUGAUUACGUUUGUUAUAUAAACCCCUCGUGUCUUUGUGCACAUUGCGUAGUAUUGGGUUUAGCUCAUUACCAAGUGGUUGUUCGUUGUUUCUCAUCUUGAUUCAUAUUUAUUGACCUUGUUUCUCGUUUCUCAUUUUCGAUUCUAGCCUCGCCCAGUUUAUGCCUGCUUGUAUAUCGCCUGACCUUUUGCCUGUUAUUAGACCACGCUUUGGAUUACCAUUUUGGAUUUGUCUGCCUUCCUCUCUCUCAAAUAAAGGUCUUUUACUGCACUUGCAUCCGUCCUAAUCUCCAUUAAGUUUAUUUCAUGACACUAUGCUCAUAUGUAUUUAUUUUGAUGUUGUACUGUGCUUACUCUAUAAACUCAGCUGAUUACAUACAGUGUGGAUUAUUAUAGAAAACGUGUUAUCAUUGGUUAAUUGUUUCACGUCAAUGCCAGAAUCUGCGUCCAACUACAACACCUUUAACACCACAUGGCCCACAGACAUGGCCUCCACAGAAUCCAACUCCCAACUCACACAAUCACUGUCACGUUCACACUCUCCUGAUUACUAAUCAUGCAAGAUAUUUUGUAUUUUUGUAAAUGUCCAGUUGUGUGAAAACAUAAAUACACUGCAUGGAA